GCCAAACUGAAUUUCAUAAACAAUACACAUCUUCAACGAGUAAAUUCCUGUUUGAAUAAAAAUGUAAUCACUUUUCCUAGAAAAUUUUUGCUUAGUCUUUUGGAAGGUGUUAAUGUCAAAGUAAAUACAACAGUGGAUCCGACCAGUUCAAACUUUACAGCCGUAGUAUCAGUCACGUGGGGGGAUGAAGAUGAAGAUCAUUAUGAAGCAUCUCGUUCACCACGAGAUAAGUUUAUUAAGUGCAAAGUCUAUUUACUCGCGAAGGGCUGCAAAACUUGUAUGUAUAGGUGCAUUCUAGAAAUAUUUAGCAACAUUGAAAAUGAAAAUGCAAGAAAAAUUAGGGAAGAAGUUCAGAUCUGUCUCAUUAUUUGAAUGGAUGUUAGGAAUUAGCUGGAUAGUAUCUCACGGGGUGCUAUCAUUUUUUCCUAAAGUAUUGCCUUGUCAGCAACUUGGUGAAAUGGGUGAUGUUUUUUGUUAUUAUGUCAAGGAAUACAAUUAUCUUAUAAAAGUAGUCUACAUUGCAGUGAUUGCCAUACAUGUGUUGGAGAGUUUAUAUUCAUGGGUGCUGAGCAGCAAUUUGGGAUGUAGCCUAUGGGAUCAAAUGAAGUGGUUCUUGCAGACUUUUAUUGUUGGAUAUUUUUCCCUAUCAAUUAUCCGAAAAAUGAAUAAUGAGCAAAUGAAACGAAAGCAUUGAAUGUAUUUGACUCACUCUCAACUUAAUGAGGGGGGAAUGCAAACUGCAAACACAUGAGAAUUUAUAAAUAUGGUUGUAAUGAAUUGGAAUGCGAGAAUUGUAUUUAAUUGCAUAAUCGAUUUUGAAAAAUAUAUGUGACAGUGACUUCGUGACCUGAA